AUGUCUACAGAAUAAUAAUUAUACGAAAGGGCGAAGCGAAUGAAUUAGCAGUUGACAAGUCCUGAGAAUUAAAUCACUGAUAAGGAUAUAGAAAAAUUCAUCAAGGAAAUUUUAUCCGCUCAUCAGAAGGAUAUAGAGGAAAUAUAUUCACUUGUAAUAUAAAAAAUGUAAAUUAGGUUUUAGGAGAUUUGAAGCAGUAAUUUCAUACAGAAAAGAAGUAAUUAGAAAAUUAUAGAGACAGAGCAGAGAAAAUUAAUUCACAUAUUUAAUAACUAUGA